UUCUGGGUGAUUCUGGGACAAGACGAGCUCUCCUACAAGGAGUGAAUGGGAGUCAAUUGGGCGCUAGCUCAAAAACCCAACAUUAGCAUGAAUUUCGUAAACAACAAGUACAAUAUCAAUAACAAAUCCGAGACGUGAGAUAAUUAACUUGUUAUCUGUAAUAUCGUAUAGCUUUGGAAUCGGGACACUGUGUACUUUCAAGGAAAAUAGGCAAGUUUCUCGACUCAUACCCUGACUUUGAGAAUGGAUCGUGACGAUGAGUUUAGCAACCGCAUGACGCAGCAUGACAACUUAAACGCGAUUGGGCGACAGUCGACUCCAUUCAUUGCCAAAAGAUAUUCCCAUCUCCUCCUUUCUCUAAUAUCGCUGGGAUUAUUACGAUUCCAAGGGAGUUUCCGAUUUCCUUAAAAGUAUAUCCGCUCCUCCCCUCAGUUUGUUUUCGCGGAAGUAAAAUCCAUCAGCGAUAGCUAGCCAACUAUUGGCUUUUCCAGCUGAAUAUUAUCUUUAGAAACAUAACACUAGUCCGAUAAAAUGUUGUUCCAGGAGAAUAUGACCAACUGUGUUACUUUUCAGACCAAAUUAUCAUCCGUUAUGGAUGUGUUGGCCAAAGCUGCUGUGGCAGAAAUAAGUAAAUUGUUCGAUGAUGGGUUUGCUGUGUUACGCUUGGAAAUGUGCCAUAGAGAAAAUGAAAUUGAAGCCUUGAAAAUAAAAUUAUUUAUGGAGAACGAACGGCAAGCGACGAGUUCCAAACUGCGAGAAGCAGGCAAUUCUUCCACAUGUUCUUCGUCUUCCAGAAGGACAGAGCAGGGGUCCAAGGGGUCUGAUGAGGAUGCUGGUGAAAGAACUUCAUUUGAGCAGACCACCAGAGACAAAGUGUUCACACCUAAAGACAAACAACUGGAUCAAAAUAGACCACAGCCACCUGCAGAAUCAGUAGAGGGGCUCAAUGAACAGUACAGGUCUGUCCAGCGAGAGAAGGGUAGUGCACUAGAGUUAGUGAAGACAGAGCAUGAGGAGGAGUAUGACGUUAUUUCACUACAUACAUCGGGAAGUGAACAUGGCACAGAGCAAUCAGAUCAUCAGGAAACUGAGUUUGCCAUGGAUCGCAGAGAGAGUCAUCUGUGGGCGUCUGUAUCAGAGAUCAACUGUGACUCUGAGGGUCCAGAUUGCUCAUAUGGUACGGAACAAUAUACACAGGAUCUCAAUACAGACAUACAGCUUAUUCAAAGUGCUGUGGAGGGUCUUGAUAGCGAUCCAUCAUCAGAGAUGGGGUACAUAAACAGACUAAUGAAAGAAGAGAUGCGAGCACAGUCUGGUUGGAAUGACCAAAGAAGGACCCCUAUAGAUUUGGUUCAAGCACAACCAGGACAGCAGAGAGCGCAAACUAUGUACCCAGAGAGAAGGGAGGAUGGAACUACUACCAGAGUGCCGUCAGACAAACAAACGCGAACCAAUGAGGGUGCAGCAUAUUCCAACGUUUGGCUAAACAAUGUAUUCUCAUUUGCCCCAAAUGGUUUCAACUCCGCAAAGGUAGCCCCAAGGAGUACCCCAGCAAGAGAGAAGUGGUUUGUUUGCACCUUUUGCGGAAAGAGCUUUGACAGGGUCAGUCACUUGGAGAUGCAUCAACGGAUUCAUACAGGAGAGAAACCGUACAGCUGUGUGACAUGUGGGAGGUGUUUUGCUCAGCAGAGUAAUCUCCGCACACAUCAGCGAGUACACAGGGGCCUCAGAACAAAGCAAACGAAAAGUAAUCACAAUGACGAGACGACUAAGAACAUUCUAGAGAAACCAGCUGGGUCCCGCCCCACACAUUAUGAAACACAACCUCAUUAAUAUAAACUUUUUCUAAUGACUGAGAACAAAGUGUUCAUGAGAAGACAGUCAAGACACUCGUGCAAAAAGCCGCAGUGUGCUACUUUUGUUUUCCUAUUCUUAAAGUGAGAGCAGUGCGGCCCUACCACUACUGUUACACUAGUGGUGCUAAUAUACUGUAGGGAGUUAAAGUUACAGGUUUACAUCCUCCUGCUUGUAUAUUUUAAAAGGAACAGUUAUCAAGAGGUGGAUCUCCAUCGUCUUUUUAGUUUUUGUAGGACUAUGCCAGAGACAACACAUCUGGAGAGAAAAUACAAUGGAUGUGCUUUUAUCAAUGCAUACAUUUUUAUGAAUAAACAUAAAUUCUCUGAACUUU